AUGCACAACACUAGUAAAAAGGCCAAAUAUGCAUUCCUUUUCUCGUUGCUACUCUACGUAGCGACUUUCUUUGGGCCAAGCGUCGAGGCCCGAUUCCCCAACUCAGGCAAAUUGGACCUUCCCAAGGAGAAAAUCAUGAGGCUUCGAUUCUACGUACAAGAUUGGACCGGCGGCGAGAAUGCCACUGUUUGGACCGUGGCCUCAUUUAGUUUGACCCAAGUCUUGCCAUCGGCUUUUAGGCUUCUGAGCGUAGAUGGGCUCGGGAGAAGUGGGCAGGAUCCAGGGUGUUAUCGGGCAGGAGAAUAUGCACGAGAUGGCCCUAGUUAUGUUGGUCAACGUGGUUUUCACGCGCGGGAGUAUAAGGGGAGCACCUUAAGUAUCGUGGGGAGGAACCCACUGGAUGAUGAG